GUUGACCGUCGUGAACCACAUACACAACAGCAAGGACAACACGUACAGAAUCAUGAACUUACACCUAAUCAGCGGGUGGGCAUAACGGAUGGGGACCAUCCUGGGCAAGAUAACAGUGUGGUGGUUUCCCCUGGGGUGCCUGCAGAAAGUAAAGAAGAGUCAACUCUUGUCCCAUCUCCAGAGCUUUCACCUACAAAAGCUGCAGAGUCACGCAGUGCACCAGAAGGUACACUUGAAUCAGAAAGAACUGAAAAUCCAACUAAAGGGGAACACACAACUGAAGGGGUUGAUACCAAUCAAACAAACCCACAAACACAGUCUGAAAAUACCACAACAAGCUCACAAGAAACAAAUACCACUACCAAUAGUACGGCUGGCAACUCUAAUGCUACCCAGCAAUCUCCUGCAACUGAUGAUGUAACUGCCGCAUCAGAAUCACAAGAACCCACUUCCACUACUCCGUCAAGCACCGAGAACACUACCACAGAAGCACCAACGACCACUCCAUCUCCUGUUCCCGUAACCGAUACACAGAUCAGCAGCAACAUCGCUUCCAAUGUACAGAACAGACCCAAUGUUGACAGCAGUGUCAAUCCUGUGUGGAUGCGCACUGCAGCACCACUGCUGAUUGUGGUUGUGUUGGUCUCCGCUACUGUGUACUGA